UAUGGAUUGCUGGGACCGAGUGGAUGCGGAAAAACGACGUUGCUCAGUUGCAUUGUUGGACGUUUGCGACUGGAUGCGGGCGAGAUUCGGGUUUUCGGACAAAAGCCCGGCCACAAGGACUCGGGGGUUCCCGGCAGCCUCGUGGGUUACAUGCCCCAGUGUCUGCCAGUCAACAGGUGUUCCGACGAGGCUGGUUACCACAGGUUGCCCACUGGCUCCAACUCGUCGACUAUCGAGAAGAGACCCGCAGCAAUGCUCGGGGUCUUGUGUAAAGGGGAAUGCGGGUUCAAGGGGUUCGUGCAUUGGCACAGUUCAAAGGGCUGCAGUAUUAUUGGUGGGAGGGGUCGCGGAAAACAUGUCUUCGAAGGGGAAAUCGCCUUGUACCAGCAGUUUUCUAUCGAGGAAACUUUGAGGUAUUUCGGCAGACUUCACGGCAUGCGAAUGGAUGAAAUCAAGCGCAGAACCGCGUUUUUGAUCCGUUUCCUCGGCCUACCGAACACCAGCAGGAUGGUGGAGAAUCUCAGUGGUGGACAACAAAGGCGAGUUUCUCUGGCCUGUGCCCUUUUGCAAAAACCGAAGCUGCUCAUUUUGGACGAGCCGACUGUUGGAGUUGAUCCAUUGCUGCGAUACAGUAUCUGGUGCCACUUGGUGACUUUGGCGAGGGAUGAAGGGACUUCCGUGGUCAUUACCACCCAUUACAUCGAAGAAGCCCGCCAAGCAAACAGGGUCGGUCUGAUGCGCAAUGGAUGUCUCCUGGCAGAAGCAUCUCCGGAAUCGCUGCUAAUUGCUCAUCGUUUGACUUCGCUGGAAGACGUUUUCCUCAAGCUGUGCCAAUCCGUGGAGAAUUUGCCGAAAAACGGAGUGGCUACAGAGUCGGGCAGCAGCAGCGGGAUCAGCCAAGACGGCGGCUCAUCCGCCCAACAGGGCCACUAUUACGCCGUCUCAUCCAAAGUCAGGGAUGUCGGCGGCGGCGGUGGCGGCAACGGUGGCGGCGGUCGGAACGCUGGCUACGAAAACCCGGGUUUCGCCAGUGAAUCGACGAUGAAUCCCCAUGGGAAACGGGGGCGACCGACGAGGGACCAGGUCGACACCUUGACCCUGAACGAAAUAGUUGCAUCGAAGACCCAGGGCUUGUUUCAAGACGGACACGACCCGUUCCCGGUGACGACGAGGUCACGCCGCGGUCGGAGCUGGGUGCCGACUCUGACCACGAUGCGGGCCCUGCUCAUUAAGAAUUUUAUCUCCAUGUUUCGGCAUAAGGGAGCGCUGACCUUCGAAAUUUUGCUACCGCCUUUCCAAAUCAUCUUGUUCUGCCUGACGCUGAGUGCGGACCCGCAAAGCCUGGGUUUGGCCGUUUUCAACGAAGAAGCCUUCAACAUCACUUCACCGACUCAAGCCAGUUGCGACGAUUUUUCCUUCUCUUGCGGACUCAUUGACAGAUACAGAUCGGACAUUUUAAAACCGAGAUACUACGAGUCGAUGGAAGCUGCGACUAAAGCCGUGUUAGAAGGAGAAGCCUGGGGAACUUUGCACGUGAGAAAGAAUUUUUCGUCUGCCUUUCUGGAGCGGGUUUACAACGUCACUGACGCGAGUGAACAGCUGAUCCGCGACAGCACCAUCGACGUUCGACUCGACAUGACGAAUCAGCAAAUCGUUUUCGUCAUCACGCGAGAAUUGCUGACGAAAUUCGGGGACUUCUUCAAACAAAUGAUGAGCGAUUACGGUUUCGAUCCAAACCUCGCUUCUUUGCCGCUGGAGUUCGGAGAGCCGAUUUACGGCGUCAAAAAUCCGAAGUAUACCGAGUUCGUUGCUCCCGGAAUGUUGGUCAUGAUCGUAUUCUUCAUGGCAAUGGGUUUGACGGCGAUGGCUUUCGUGCUCGAGCGCAAGCAAGGAUUGAUUUAUCGAAGCUACGUCUCAGGAGUGAAGAACGUGGAGGUGCUGGUUUGCUACAUGAUAACCCAAGCGUGCGUCGUGACAAUCCAGAUUGUUUUAACACUGCUUGUGAUGCUGGUUGCAUUCAAGCUACCCAACCGCGGCUCGGUCGCCGUCAUGUCUUUGCUGUGCUUCAUGCAGGGCGUUUGCGGCAUGUCUUUCGGUCUUCUUGUUUCGUGUCUCGUGAACGAUGAAACAUCUGCGAUCGUCGCAUGCAUGGGAGUCUUCAUGCCUUCUUUGCUUCUCAGCGGCAUGUGCUGGCCGAGAGAAGGCAUGGAUCCAAUUUUACGGAUGAUUAGCUUACCGCUGCCACACACAUUCGGCACGGAUGCCCUUCGGAGCGUAAUGUCACGAGGGCUCGGGUUGAGCGACUUCACGGUACUCAUGGGUGUUGUGGUGCCCGGGGCCUGGACUAUUGUGCAGAUGGGACUUUCAGGCAUCUCUGUUCACCUCAAAGAAGGUUUUUAAGAAGGAUGGGAUGAUUAUUUUCCCGCCCCUAUCAUCGCGACACAACACGAAGAACUAAUUUGGUCGCGCGUUUGGGCCAAACAAGUGUGUUACGACGAGUUGAGUGCAUGUGUUUGCUUCCUUGGUGUGGAUAUAAUUGAGGACAUUUUCGAGAAGGGGGGUAUAACGGAAUGGAAGCGAGAAAGCUGUGCAAUUUUGCGUGUUUUUCUGAACAAAAAAACGCGAUUAUACAAAUUGGCCAUUGAUUCCACGACGCACCUUGACUAGUAAGUUUUCAAAAGAGUGGAGAACUGUUCGCUGACGGAUUGUCACACCCACCAUAAACUUUUGAAAGGUGGAUCAAUUUAUAAAUGAAAAUAUUUCCCCAAGCCCUUUGAAAUAAUAAACCACACGUAAUUUUAUUUUUUGUGGAAUUAUUUUUCAAUCAAAUACUGUAUUGCGAGUAUGUGGAAAAUUUUCACUGUUUUCAAGAGAGCAAAAAACGUGUCCUCAAAUUAGCAAUUAAAGAGGUCCCAGUUUACUAAAUUAUUUUCUGGUGUUUUCAACUAAGUUCAUGAUAUUCUGUAUUCAUUAUAUGAAUUGAUGCACUUUUUUAGAAUUUGAAACACUGCAUAAACUUGCAAUUCUCUGAAAAAUUAAGGGUUUCCUGAUUGUUUUCAGUUAAGAACGUACUCGGAUUCUUUUCUUCCAGUAAAAAUCUGAAUAAAUGCGCUCAUUACUCGGUUUAUGAAUUGAUAAUGAAGCUCAAAUAACGUGCUUACUUUCAUUGGGAUAAUAAAUUUGUCAGGAUUCAAUUUUUAUCACUGCGGAAGGCGUUUUUCUAUUGCGAGAGACCAAAAAUCGCUUUCUCCAAGACUUUCUUCUGUAGAAGAAGGUAGCAUUGGGCAAUUAGAAUAAAAAAGUACUUGAACACAUUUUAAAUUUCUUGUCGUCUUUGUUAGACUAUUGACUUCAUAGGCAAUGUUGUGCCAUUAUCUUCAUACUUCAUUGAUUGCGUCGAUUAAUUUUUUUUCGGUUGUUGAACCUGAACUGUGGGUCGUUGAUCGGAGAUUUUUGCCUUCUCAUGAUGUCCAUUGUCAGAUUGCCUCACAGAACAGCUGAUGUUUUUUUUCUCCAACACAUGCGCUAGUAAGAAAUGUUUUUUUGCUAGUAAAUAACAGCAGGCUACUGUUUUUUUGUCAAUCACGAGGUGGAGUUUGAAGGAUGGGAAUUGUGCUUGAGCGGGAAAAUUUAAUUUGAACUCAUGCAGAAUAGUUGCGCAAAAAAAUACAAGUCUGUAUUUUCAAUUUAGGGAUGAAAAAAUAUUUUUAAUGAGGCUUCCAUUUUUUUUUUUGCUAGGAAAGUCAUGAUUAUAGGGAGGCAUUGAAGAAAGAAAAACAGCUGCCUCGAGAUCGCCUAUAAUUUUUUUUUCGGUGAAAAACG